UAUUAGGUUACACCGACACCUAAAAAACAAAAAGGGAUUUCGGGGGAGGCUGUUAGAUCUUCUAGCCAGUUGCAUUCAUCAGCCGGUUCGGCUUCUCAGUUUAGUCCAGUUAUCGACGAUCGAUCGUUCUUGGACUCCCUUACUGAGGAAUGCAGGGAGUUAGCAGAUACGCUUGCCCUUGCCGUCGCAGACGAUGAUGCUGUUGGUGUUACCUUGCCGAGAUCCUUGUUCCAUUAUUUGACAGAUGAUGGCACCGCUUUUCUGACCAAGGAGGAUAUUGAUCAGUUUUUGAGAGGAGAAAUGAUUAAUAUUUCUAUUAUCCAAGUGUACAUGAGGGCUACGCAGUCGGACUUGGAUGGAUUUGGGGAUUCUAUUGGACGUGUUUGUUGGAUGUGUCCGCAAAGCACCGUUAUGGAGUCGCAUUCAUCAUCGGAGGAGGUAACAAAGUACAUUCUGCAUGCUAUGGUUGGAUGCGUCGAUGUAAAUGCUAGUAUCAUGUUCGCGCCAAUCUUUCAAGACCAACAUUGGAUGCUCCUUGUCAUAUGUCCCUUGCCUGGGAUAGUUGAUAUCUUCGAUUCUGCCAGCUAUCACAAACAGCGGAAGUUAAAGCUUAAAUUGCCUAUGAUAGCGUAA